AUGGCCGCUCAGGGUUCCGAGAGUAUCAAUCUGGAGACGCUGGACACACAGCAACUCAGUCAGGUCAAGAAGCAAUUGGAAGAAGAACUCGAGCACUUGACAAACUCGUUCGCCCAGCUACACAGCGCACAAUCCAGGUUCAAGGAGUGCCUUCGGUGUGUCAAGGCCAGGCCUGGUGCUGGCGAUGGCGACAAAUCUGUCCUGGUGCCGCUAACCAACUCCCUCUACGUACGUGGGGAGCUUUCGGAUCCAAAGCACGUCAUCGUCGACGUAGGCACAGGAUUUUACGUCGAGAAGGAUACCGAGUCUGCCGAACGUUUCUACGAAGCCAAGGUUCAGAAUUUGAUGAAUAACAUUCAGGACCUCGAGGUGAUCGUGCAGCGGAAAACGCUAAAUGUGCGAAGUGUCGAGGAUGCCGACCUCUACCGUUAA